GGAUUGCAAUCACAACAAUGCUGUUUGUCAACUUUGGUCAUGGUGGAUAUUAUUUCUUUGGACACGCUGACUGGAAUGGUCUCCUCUUUGCCGAUCUCAUUUUCCCAUGGUUUAUUUGGAUAAUGGGCGUGUCUAUUACUCUGUCGUUCAAAUCACUCGCUCGAAAGAAGCUUAAACCAUUUACAGUACUGAAGAAGAUUAUUCGAAGAAGUCUCAUUCUAUUUGGACUGGGAGUUUUCACUAGUAACUUUAACGAUCUGGAGUACUAUAGAGUACCUGGUGUCCUUCAGAGGUUUGCUAUCUGUUACUUUGUGAUUGCUGUCAUGCAAUUAUACCUUCCUCCGCGAGAAGAUCUGCCAAAACGAUGGUGGGAUCCAAUACGUGACGURGUAGCUAUAUGGAAGCAGUGGCUAGUCAUGGCUUUUGUUCUCGUCGUAUUCCUUCUGGUUACGUAUGGAGUUAAAGUCGGCCAUUGCCCAACAUACCCUCAAGCGGUUAAUUGCACUGGAGGUGUUGCUAACUAUAUCGACAGAAUGUUCCUUGGAAACCAUCUUUACCGCUGGGCAACAGUCAAAACGUUAUACAAGACAAAGCUGCCACACGAYCCCGAAGGCUGCCUUGGGUCCCUCACCUCAAUCAUUCUGGUGUUUUUUGGCGUUCAGGCUGGUCGUAUAUUGCAUACAUAUCCCGACCAUAAAUCAAGACUGCUGCGAUGGACGGUAUGGGGAGUAUUGCUGGGAGUUGUUGGUAUUGGUAAUUCAUUACUCAAUGUCUAUCGUUGUCCAGGGAGUUGUUGGGAUGAAUUCUAUUCUACUUUUUGUAUAAUCUGGUUUAAUAGUUGGUUUACUUACCUUAGGUCGUUGUCAUUCAUUCUUGUUACCGGGUCGACCUCAUUUAUCCUUCUUGCCAUGUGCUACUUUUUCACUGAUGUUGCUGGUUGGUGGAAYGGUGCACCUUUCUUUUACCCAGGGAUGAAUUCUAUUCUACUGUACGUUGGUUAUGGCAUACUGUACAAUCGAUUCCCCUUCACAUGGAAAACUGACGAGUAUGUCACGCAUACAGAGAAACUAUCCAUGAAUCUCCUGGCAACGGCCCUUUGGGUCCUCAUUUCAUAUUACUUGUUCCAAAAGAAGUUUUUCCUGAAAAUAUAGUUCGACUUUUAGUUUGAUCUAGUGCACACCUUUUCAGUAUU